CCGAGAGACUCCAGCGACAGGACUGUCACCGCUGCUUCUCUUCUCUCACCGUAAAGACCCUACCAUGCCUGCCACCUUGGCUGCCACUGCCGCCCCGGUCGCCGCGGCCGCUGCCACCGCCGCCGCCUCUACCAUCAUGCAGAAGGUAGACCAGAACCUCCGCACCUUCGGCUUCGAUCUCAAGAGCUUAGUAAAAGGCUUCGACCUGCAGACGUUUGGGAUCCUGACGGUGGUAGUGGUGCUCGCAAUAGUCCUCUUCGACAUCUUCAGCUACGGGUACUCUUCCUACCACGGCGACACCUCCUCUUAUUCCUCCUAUGGCAGGAGUCUGGUCACCUCCGCAGCCAGAGUUUGGGACGAGAGGGAGAAACUUGGUUUGAACCCGUACGUCCGUGGAGGACGGGGUCUGGACGACAUGACCAAGAUCCUCGACGCUCUGGCCGACGCCAUCCUGAAGUACGAGGGCACGGAGACCAACAACGUCACCACCUCGCGGGAGAGCAAAGACAUGAAGUCUGACUUCUAGAUGCACGAUGUGCUCACAGUCUCUCUCUUCAGCCAAAUGUUCUGGGUUUCCUUGCGUGUUUCCUCAAGAUCUCUCCACUGGUCUAGACAUCAAGGUCUAUUCUGACAUUUUUGGUCUUGUUUAGCGUCACGAAGAAACUAGAUUUAUUUAAAUUAGCGUCUCUUCUUUGGCUUCGGUCAAUUCAGAAUAAUAAUUCAGAAAAAUCUAAUCUGUAUUAAAGUUCUGAAAUUGUCUCAGCAAUUCACGUCUACGUUCGUUCGUGUCAUUCUUGUAGACCGAGAUACUACUGGACUUCACAUUCCGGUCACGACUCGGUGCUCUUCCCGUCCUCAAGCAAGCUUCGCCAACACCUUGAAAUGUGAUAGACUUUGCUGGCCAAAGCUUAACUCUGUGUAUUCCCGAAAAUAGAUUUAUUUAUUAUGUUAUUGUAUAGCUGGUUGUACUGACAUUAAAAUACCAUUUACAUAUGUA